AUGACCGACGGGAAGCUCUCGUCAUUUACAGCAGGACUGGACUGGGUAAUCAACCUCCCACAGAACCAGUUUAUAGGAAGCAUCAAGGUAGACCCUGCGACCAAGGAGGCGUCCAGGGUGCUCUCCAUCUCUGGCGCGCCCGGUCUGAUGGGCAUAGCCGAGAUCUCGCCUGACGUCUUCGCCGUCGUGGCCGGCGACCUCGACACCAAGACGUUCGCGCCGAGGUCGGGAUCCUACGCCGUGUACGAGGUGGACCUCACGAGGACGACGCCGGUGAAGAAGGUGCCCGAGUCGGGCUUCUUCAUCGGCUCAACAAAAUGA